CUUUGCGGUUCACCAUCAUUCAUUGAUAACUAAAACAUUCUUACUGAAAUUCGUUUUGACCAUCAACCAUCAAAUACAACAACAUUUCUAGUGCGUAAUAUUUCCAGUAGCAAUCAUUUUCACAGGCAAUGGAGGAUGAUAGUCACAGAAAUUUUGAAAAUGUUCCAGUCAUGUGGGAGCCUGGUCCAGAUUCUGGAAAAAUGCUGAAAAAGUUCAAAAAAAGGAUUGAAGACAAAUUUUCCAUAAAACUAAAUGAUUACUGGGAGUUUUAUGAUUGGUCCAUCGAUAAUCUUUCUGAGUUUUGGGAGGAAAUCUGGCACUUCGUUGAAGUGAUACAUUCAAAAUCUUUUGAUCAGGUAAUUGAUUUGAACAUUCCGUUGGAGCAAUCCCCAGAGUGGUUUCCUGGUGCAAAACUUAACUUUGCUGAAAACCUAUUGAAAUUCAGAGAUGACCAAGUAGCUUUAAUAGUAGCAGGUGAAGACAGGGAAACAGAAAAAAUUACUUAUACUCAACUGUACGAACAAGCUUGUCUAUAUGCAGCAGCAUUAAGAAAGUUUGGUUUGAAAAAAGGUGACAGAGUUGCAUGUUACAUGUCUAAUCGAAAGGAACCUGUCCUUGCAAUGCUCGGGGCUACAAGUAUUGGUGCAAUCUGGACUGGAUCGUUACCUUUAAUGGGAACUCAAGCUGUUGUAAAUAGAUGCAAGCAAGUACAACCAAAAAUUUUGUUGACUAUUGAUAGAUUCUUAAAUGACAACGAAGAAGUUGAAAUGUUACACAAAGUUGAAGAAAUUGUUCGCGAUUUACCUUCGAUAAAGAAAGUUAUUAUAGUACCCUCUAAAAAGGAGUCUAAAUUAAAAGAUAUUAGCAAUAUUAGAAAUAGUUGUUGGUUGGAAGAUUUUCUUCAUUUGGGAUAUGAAACUGACGGUACAGUUAAACCAAUGGAAUUUGAGCAAGUUUCCGUAAGUUACCCUGUCUUCAUCAAUUACACUUCAGGAACUACUGGAUUGCCGAAAGCCAUUGUUCACGGAUCUGGGGGAUUACUUACUUUAGCUAGAGACUUUGGGUUGCACGGUGACUCGAAGCGAAGUUUCGUCUGGCUUUCCAUGUCACCGGUUGGAUGGGCCACUUGGAAUAUGUUUAGUUCAAUGCAUUUCUUGGGAGUGACGGUGGUACUUUUCGAAGGAAAUCCUUAUUUUCGAACACCUACACACUUAUGGGAUAUGGUGGACGAAUACGAAAUCACUCAUUUACUUCUGACAGUAAAUGUUUUGGAUGAGCUAGAGAAAAAAGCCUAUUUACCAACCGAGAAGCAUAAACUGACAUCUUUAAAACAUAUUAUGAGCGGCGGAAGUGUUGUGAAGCCACAGAACUACGACUUCGUCUAUAAAAAAAUUAAAUCUGACGUUUUGUUUUCCUCUGGGUACGGAUCUACGGAAAUGGUAGGAUCUUGCAUGGUUUAUGACCAUACGUUAAAGAUAUACAGAGGUGAACUAACUUGUCCAUCAUUAGGAAUAGAUAUCCAAGUAGUAGAUGACUCAGGAAAGCCGGUGAUUGGCAGAGUUGGCGAAAUGGUGGUAGCAAAACCAACACCGUCCUUGCCCUUGUUUCUUUGGGGGGACAAAGAUAAAUCCCGCUACAAGGAAACCUAUUUCAAAAAAUAUCCAGGAAAGUUUGCAAUGGCAUACUUUUUUGAUUUGGCAAUUAUUAACCCAGUUACCAAGGGAUACAUUAUUUGUGGACGGAGCGAUGACACUCUAAAUCAAGGUGGCGUUAGAUUUGGAAGCUCGGAAAUUUAUAACAUUGUGGAUACAUUUCCAGAGGUGCGGGACAGUCUUUGCGUGGCUCAAUAUGACAAGAACAAUAAAGAAAGAGCGGUUCUAUUUUUGAAGAUGAGACAUGGCGAAUGUUUCACUGAAACUCUUGUCUAUCAAAUCCAAGCUGCUAUUACGAGAGAAUUAUCAAGUGGUCAUGUGCCUGAAGUCAUAUUGGAAAUCCCAGAUAUACCGUACAACUUGAAUGGCAAAAAGAUGGAAAUUAUUGUGAAGAAAAUCAUUAACAAAAAGCCUUUCAACCAAGAGACUGUUAUUAAUCCAGAGAGCUUGAAGCAUUUUUAUAACAUUCCAGAAUUACGCGGGUUCUAAAAUUGUCAUGAUACUUCAGAUUAUUAAAAUAAAAUGA